CUGCAAAUUCCCGGAAGGAUGGAUAAACGUUGUGGAGAAGCCGAGGUUGUCAUUGUCUUAUGGGUAUUACGAAGUAGGUAUUACGCCUAACUGCGACGUAAAAUGAGGCAGAGACUAAGGAGGCCAGACAUGGGAUUUCAAACAGCAUGACGACGUUCAGGUCAGGCACCGGGCAUAAUCCAGAACAGAAGUCAAUUAGCCCCAACUGGUCGACGAAAUUCCGCCCCAUCAAAAUCAAUCAUCCCGACUCUCGCAUUCUCCUCCGAUGCGUAUGCGAUGAACACAUGUGGCACCUAGUUCGCUAAAAACGCCAUUGUAUUCGUCGCACGAACCCUGCAGCGGCUCAAUUCCCCACGCGGUGGCAAGCACCACUGUUUGUCCGUCAAGUCAAGUUUGUCAAAUUGCAUGAUUCUGAGCGAGGCCUCGGCAGGUGGGACAGCCUUGGCAGGGUUGUACUUUGUCUCCUAAAUUCCUGUAGGGCUUGUUGGGGAGGAGAUUGAUAUAAAGUCAUGAUCGACUUUCACCAGACUUUUUGAGUUCCGACUUGACUCUAUUCCCAACUCAACCACGACUUUCAACCAUUGCAACUACACAACAUCCAGUACAAUUGUACAUCAUAAUCGCAAGUACGAAAACAUAAUCACCAACACAGUCUUCGAUUCCCAAUGGCCGCACCAGCCCCCAAGAUCAUCAUAGUCGGCGGCGGCCCUGUGGGCAUGACCGCCGUCCACGCCCUCACCAGAGCUGGCAUCGACUUUGUCCUCCUCGAGAGCAGACCCACCAUCGUCAUGGACGCCGGUUCCAACCUCGUCCUAUCCCUUACUGGCCUGCGAGCCCUGAGCCAGUUCGGCAUCCUACCCGCCCUGGAAAAGUGCAGCUCAGCACUUGCCAAGUUCAGCCGGAUCGACCACCAGGCACGCGACAUUGGCGACACCAUGUUUUUCACCUACUUCCAACAAAACUUUGGUGGUUACCCACGAGUCAUCAGCCGUCACGACCUGAUGAAAACCCUUUGGGAAGCCCUCCCGGCCGACGCACAAGCCAAGGUUCACGCCAACAAGAAGGUUUCCGACAUCCGAUCAACAGAUAACGGCGUCAUUGUCGAGUGCGCCGAUGGAACCUCGUACGAAGGCUCCGUGGUGAUCGGCGCCGACGGCACCUACAGCACCGUCCGAAAGCACAUGAGCGCACUGGUCCCCAAGGAGGCCGAGCAGACCAAGACCAACGGUGAAGGCCCCUUCCUCACCAGCUACCGCUGCUUCUGGCUACGCUUCUCGGUCCUCCCCGGAAUCCAGCCCGGCGACGCCAGCGAGACCCACGGCCCCGAUGCCACCAUCCAGGUGUUUGCCGGCGACGACUCGGCCGUCGCCGGUGUGUACGAGAAGCUCCCCGAGCCCACCCACAAGCCACAGCGCUACAAGCCCGAGGACGAGGAGGCCUUUGUCGAAAAGUGGGGCCACCUGCCCCUGGUCGAGGGCGGCUCCAUCACCCUGGCCGACGCCUACAAGGCCAAGCACCAGUCCGGACUCGUCAACCUCGAGGAGGGCGUGAUCCAGUGCUGGAGCUCCGCGGGACGCGCCGUGCUGGUGGGCGACGCCGCGCACAAGUUCACCCCGUCUACCGGCGCCGGCUGCAACAACGGCAUCAUCGACGUCGUCGUCCUGGCCAACAAGCUCAACAAGCUCUUCUCGGGCGGUGCGGCCCCUUCGCGCGACGACCUCGACGCCGCCUUUGCCGAGUACCAGACCGAGCGCCGAGAGGUCGUCACCUCGGCGUGCAAGCUGUCGGGUGGGGCCACCUCCAUGGCUUCAUGGAGCAGCGGCUUCCUCAAGUUCCUCGACCUCUACGUCUUCUCGAGCCAGAUGGUGCAGAAGCUCUUUGUAAACAUGAACAAGAGCGCGGUGGCCAGGAUGCCCAUCUUCGACUUUGUAGAGGGUGAAGAGAAGCUGGUGGGAGCCGUUCCGUGGGUGAAUGCGAUACCGUCACCCAAGGCCCAAGCUGUAUAAGGUUUGGGUGGCUUUAAUGAGAUUUGUGGCCUUUUCUUUCUCGUUUGUUUUUCAUUUGUAAUAGCCUAGACAUAUACCUGAC